CGAUUAUGCUGUUCUCCCUGCGACAACCAGUUUAGCCAGUUCUUGACACAAAAAAAAACAGAAAACGGUGUGUUUUUCUCCACUACGCCGGCAGCUCUGAGGUUAUUCCGCGACGAAGUCCUGCUGCUUUCAUAGUAACAACAGUUUAUAACCCGUAGUCAACGAUGAAUCCCGAAUAUGACUAUUUAUUCAAGCUGCUCCUGAUCGGGGAUUCUGGUGUCGGAAAGUCUUGCCUCCUCCUCCGGUUUGCAGAUGAUACGUACACAGAGAGCUACAUUAGUACCAUCGGUGUGGACUUCAAGAUCAGGACCAUCGAGCUGGACGGAAAGACCAUAAAACUUCAGAUUUGGGACACGGCUGGUCAGGAACGUUUCCGCACCAUCACGUCCAGUUACUACAGAGGAGCGCACGGCAUUAUAGUAGUUUAUGAUGUGACGGAUCAGGAGUCCUUCAAUAAUGUCAAACAGUGGCUACAGGAAAUCGACCGCUACGCCAGCGAGAACGUCAACAAGCUGCUAGUAGGCAACAAGUGUGACCUCACAACGAAGAAAGUCGUGGAUUACACCACAGCUAAGGAAUUUGCCGACAACUUGGCCAUCCCCUUCUUGGAGACCAGCGCCAAGAGCGCCACCAACGUGGAGCAAGCCUUCAUGACCAUGGCGGCGGAGAUCAAGAAGAGGAUGGGCCCCGGGGCCACGGCCGGGUCCUCGGAGAAGUCCAACGUGAAGAUCCAGAGCAAGCCGGUCAACACCUCGUCCGGAGGCUGCUGCUGAGACCCUGAAAACACAGCCACGACCUGACCCCCACCCCCCCGAGCCCACGACCAGUCUCAAUGUUACCAUGCUCCACAGGGAAAGAGAAGCAGAGAGAGAGAGAGGGAGAGAGAGAGAGGAAGACUUUGAGUGGACCGGUGUGUGUGUAAGUGUGUGUGCAGAAACAGCACCAGAUCCCAAAGUCAGCAAUAGGACGGUAAGCCCAUCCAUACCCACACUGGGCGGUUCUUUUCUUAUUUCUUUACCAAAACACACUCAUACUGGAAAAAAAAAACCUAAAUGUAAACCAUUUUUAACAGUGUGUGAAGUUAACCAAUGAAAGAAAACACAUGUAAACAGAUUUUCUUCUUCUUUACUUUUUGUUUGCCCUGUUCUUCCUUUUUUUUCAGUUUGUUAAACGAGUCACUUUUUUCUAAAUACUGAAGAUAUAAAAACCACACAGUUGUCUUUAUUUCGCUGUGGAUAACAGCAUGACUUUGGACCCUUGAAUCUCCUCAGAUCUCCUCAGAUAUUUGAAUCACUUCAAAUGAAGCACAUGCUUAAAAAAACCCAGCAUCAUGCAUGUUCAGAUCACAUGCUCCCCCCCCAGUUGCAUGUGAGCGCCUGCAGUCAUGAUGCAGUCAUGAAAGCGAGUGGCUUCCUGCUCAAACCUCACCCCGGAAGCAUUUCCAUAACUUCACGUUGUCGCCCCUUAAAAAAAAAAAGCUAAAAAAAAGCGAUAUGCCAGUGCCUUUGUGGCAGGAGAUUUCCAUGACAUGUAUGCCUUCGGUGCUCUUGUGUUGUCGGCGUAUUCCCCUCAUAUGCCCACUACAGUCGUGACUUCUUACGUAGAGAAUCCACUUUGUAUGAUAGCAGUAAACAUUCCUGUAUAUAUCUAUAUUCGGCUCUGUGUGUGCUCUGCUGGUAUUCACGAUACAAUAAGCAUGUGCUACAUUGGGAGACGUGACGUCAGCCGUGUGUUUUCCUCUGCUAAUGUCCUCAACCAACAGCACAACCACAACAGGAGAAAACGAAAACCUACCAUCCCAGCUCGAGAAUAAUCUAUAAACUGUAUAUAUUUAUACAUAAAUGUAAGAAGUGAUUUGCAAAUUGUGUAGAGAAGCAAGUGAAGCGAAUGACAUGAUAAAUAGCUGGAAUUAGUACUCUCGGCACGUGAUUUGUGGCUGCGGACAUGACAUUUUUGUGGCACAAUGUCUACUAUUAAAACAAUGAAGGAGAUCUUUGAUAACG